AUGUUCUCGCACACCGGCCCAAAGAGCAAGGACCCCACCUUCGCCAACCAGGACAAGCUUCCCCGCCUCCCCAUCCCCAAGCUUGAGGAUGCCCUUGAGGUCUACCUCAAGUCUCUUCAGCCCCUCCUCGAGCAGAAGUACAGCGCCUCGGAGCUGCCCAAGGAGAUCGAGAAGCGCCGCCUCUUCAUCAAGGACUUUGCAACCAAGGGCGGCAUCGGCCACGCCCUCCAUGAGCGUCUGACUGACCUCGACGAGAUUUCGCCCAACAACUGGCUCGAUGACACGCUCUGGCUCGCGCUCGCCUACCACACGUGGCGCGCGCCCAUGCUUGUCAACUCGAACUGGUUCCUCACCUUCCAGCCCGACCCCAAGGACCCCGCUCCCCCCACCGCCCCCGGCGCGUCCAACAACACCCCCCUCCCCCUCAAGGCCCUCCCCCUUUCCUCUGUCUCCGCUGGCUCGCAGGGCGGCGGUGAGGAGUGGAUCAAGGCCAACCCCGACAAGUCGGCCUACUACCCGCCGGUCUCGUACGAGGAGGUCACGAAGCAGGAGUGGAACACUCCCUGGCAGCUUCGUCGCGCCUCGUGGAUCGUCUCUCGCUUCGCCCAGUACCGUGCCAUGGUUGACCGCCAGCAGAUCGGCCCCGACGUUACCAAGGCCGGACCUCUGGACAUGAACCAGUACAAGCUGCUGUUCAACAUCUCGCGUAUCCCUCUCCCCGGCACUGACGCCUUCUCGCGCCAGGAUACCAAGGCUCGUCACGUCACUGUCCUCAUCAACGACUUUGUCUACUCGGUGGACAUCUUCGGGCAGCCCGGCGCCGAUGGCAUUGCCGACGCCCUCCCGCCCGCCGAGAUCGAGCGUCUUCUCCAGGAGGUUUCGGAAAACGCACGCAAGCGUUCCGAAGGCGGCGAGGAGGCGUCCAUGGUCGGCGUUCUCACUGCCGACCACCGUGACACUUGGGCCGUCAACCGCGAGCGCAUCCUUCUCACCGACCCCAAGAACCGCGAGUCGUUUGACUGGAUCAACCGCUCUCUGAUCGCCCUUACCCUUGACCGCUACACCCUCCCCACUCUCCCCACCGAGGACCCUCUCCGCAUGGCGCCCAUCGACGCGCAGAUCCGCAACGCGUUCACCGGCAUCAACGGCGGCCGCAACCGUUGGUACGACAAGUGCCUGACGGUCGUUGUGGAGAACAACGGUCGUGCCGCUGUCAUGGGCGAGCACUCGCCCAUCGACGCGCUCAUUCCCUCGUUUGUCGUCGACUACGCUCUCGAGGAGCCCGUUGACGAGUCCAAGUACGCUGCCCCGCUCAACGACUCGUCCAACAAGUGGAUGCGCAAUGACUUUGUCGUUGACGACGCCAUGAAGGACGAGAUUGUGGCGUGCGCCGAGCGCAACCAAAAGCUCAUCUCCGACUCGGAUGUCAGCACCCUCUGGUGGGCCGAGUACGGCACUGAGUGGAUCAAGAAGCAGGCCAAGAUGGCGCCUGACGCCUUCAUCCAGCAGGUGCUCCAGCUCGCAUGGUACCGCGACCAGGGCUACGCUACGGCCACGUACGAGACUGCCUCCACCCGUGCCUUCAAGCACGGACGCACGGACGUCAUCCGCUCGCUCACUCCCGAGUCGCGCGACUUUGUCAAGGCGAUGCAGGACCCCAACGCCUCGGACGAGGCCAAGCACGCCGCGCUCCUGAAGGCCACCGUCGCCCACAACACCUUUACGAAGGAGUCGUCGGCCGGCCGCGGCAUCGACCGCUACUUCAUGGGCCUCAAGGUCCAGCUCCGCCCCGGGGAGACGCACCCGCUCUUCGAGGACGAGAUGUACUCCAAGUCGCAGGAGUGGAAGCUGUCCACUUCCGGCCUGUCGUCGGGUAUCCGCUUCAUGGCGACCGGCUUCGGCUCGGCCUGGCCUGAUGGGUACGGCCUCAACUACAUGGCCGGCCCCUUCCUCAUCAAGUUCGGCAUCGAGUCCAAGGUGUCGUGCGACGUGACCUCGACCGCGCGCUUCAAGCACCGCAUCGCGCAGGCGUUCCGCGACAUGCGCGAGCUCUGCGAGAAGGUCGGCGGCGCGCAGAAGGAGGGCGACAAGGCCAAGCUCUAA